CGGCGGGAGAGGUGGCAGCUGGCGGGCUAAGCGUGGUGGCGGCGGGGCCAGCGGCAGAGACUCUGCUGUGAGCAUUCCGGGCAGCGGUUCACUAUGGGCGACAUUCUGGCUCACGAGUCGGAGUUACUGGGAAUAGUCAGAGAGUAUUUAGAUUUUGCUGAAUUUGAAGAGACUCUGAAGACGUUUUCAAAGGAAUGCAAAAUCAAGGGAAAACCAUGUAAAUCAAUGGGUGGAUCUUUAAGAGACUCCAAAUCAUUGAUAAUUCAGAAGGAUCUCCUGGUGGCCUUUGACAGCGGCGACCAGAAGACAUUCUUCCACCUGUGGGAGGAGCACGUGGCCAGCGCGGUCCGAGACGGCGACUGCACGGCCCAGAAGCUGCAAUUCUACCUGCACAUCCAUUUCGCCAUCUUCCUUCUGAGACACCGUGCGGGGAGGCCGGACAAGCAGGAGCUGGACGACAGAAUGUCGUACUUCAAGACCUACCUGGAGACCCGAGGGGCCGCGCUGAGCCAGACCACCGAGUUCCUUCCCUUCUACGCCCUGCCAUUUGUGCCCAACCCCGUGGUCCACCCAUCAUUUAAGGAGCUCUUCCAAGAAUCCUGGAUUCCAGAGUUGAAGGUAAAAUUGGAGAAGUUUCUAGCAUUGAUUUUCAAAGCCAGCAGCACGCCCAAGCUCGUGACCAUCUAUCAGGAGAAUGGGCAGAGUAACAAAGAAAUGCUGCAGCAGCUGCACCAGCAGCUGGUGGAGGCGGAACGCCGCUGCAUGACGUACCUGAAGCGCUACAACAAGAUGCAAGCUGACUACCACAACCUCAUCGGUGUCACCGCAGAGCUGGUGGACUCCCUGGAGGCCACCGUCAGUGGCAAGAUGAUCACCCCCGAGUACCUGCAGAGCGUCUGCGUCCGCCUCUUCAGUAACCAGAUGCGGCAGAGCCUGGCACACAGCAUGGACUUCACGAGGCCCGGGACGGCGUCCACCAUGCUGCGGGCCUCCUUGGCACCCGUGAAGUUGAAGGAUGUGCCCUUGCUGCCCUCGCUGGAUUAUGAGAAGCUGAAGAAGGACUUGGUGUGGGGGAGUGACCGCCUGAAAGCCUUCUUGCUGCAGGCCCUGCGCUGGCGCCUGACCACAUCCCACGCCGGGGAGCAGAGGGAGACAGUGCUUCAAGCCUACAUCAGCAACGACCUCCUGGACUGCCACAGCCACAGCCAGAGGAGCGUGCUGCAGCUGCUCAACUCCAAGAGCGAGGCGGUGCGCCAGUACAUGGCCAGGCUCAUCAACGCCUUUGCGUCACUUGCCGAAGGUCGCCUCUACUUGGCACAGAACACGAAGGUGCUGUGGCUGCUGGAGGGGCGGCUGAAGGAGGAGGACAAGGAUGUCAUCGCUCGGGAGAAUGUGCUCGGAGCCCUGCAGAAGUUCAGCCUCAGGCGCCGGCUGCAGACGGCCAUGAUCCGCGACGGCCUCAUCUUCUGGCUGAUUGACAUCCUGAAGGAGCCGGACGGCCUGUCUGACUACACGCUCGAGUACUCGGUGGCUCUGCUCAUGAACCUGUGCCUGCGCAGUGCAGGGAAGAACAUGUGUGCCAAGGUGGCAGGCGUCGUGCUGAAGGUGCUCGCGGAUCUGCUUGGCCAUGAAAACCACGAGAUCCAGCCCUAUGUGAACGGAGCUCUGUACAGCAUCCUGUCUGUUCCCUCCAUCCGGGAGGAGGCGAGAGCAAUGGGCAUGGAAGACAUCCUCCACUGCUUCAUCAAGGAGGGCCACGCGGAGAUGAUCCGCCAGGUGGAGUUCAUCCUCAAGCAGCUGAAUUCCGAAGAGCUGGCAGAUGGCGUUCUCGAAUCUGACGAUGAUGAAGAGGAAGAUGAUGAAGAGGACCAUGACACCAUGGAAGCUGACCUGGACAAGGACGAGCUGAUCCAGCCCCAGCUUGGAGAACUCUCAGGCGAGAAGCUGCUGACCACAGAGUACUUGGGGAUCAUGACCCACACCGGCAAGGUGCGGCGGAAGGGGCCAGCCGGCGGACAGUGGGGUGGCGCCGAGCCCCUGCGCAGGCCCGUCACCCCCAGCGGCCACAGGAGCGGCUGCCCCACGUGAGUCCACGCCUCAGGCCUCGAGUCCAUGAACUGCGUGGUAGGAUAUACCAAUU